AUGGAUGAGAACAGGAAGUACGGAAAGAAAGAGGAGCAGAGCAAUCCCCACAUACGAGGAGAAAUGGAUUAUAACAUCCCACCAUAUGGAAUUAAUGAGAAUAUUCCUGAAGGCUUUUCUUAUCCACACUGGAUACCUCAGAACAUGAAUUAUGGAUUCGACCAACAAUACAACUACUAUAGUCACUCAGUGCCUCAAUUUCAUAAUAAUGGGAUGAUUCCUCAGGGAUUUGCACAGGACCAAGCGCAUCCGAUUAUGUUUGAAAAACCUCGGGGAAAAAGCCAUGGGAAAAAGAAGAUAAAGCUUGAAUAUAUAUCUGGAAAGAACAAAAGAAGCGUUUGCUUCAGCAAAAGAAAAAGGGGUAUAAUGAAAAAGGCGUAUGAACUAAACAUCCUCACUGGAACUGAAAUUCUUCUGCUUGUUGCCAGUGAAAGCGGCCAUGUGUUCACCUUUGCAACGGAAAAGCUAAAGCCCAUUAUAGCUGAGCAUGAGGACAUUAUACAGAAUUGUCUAAAUAGACCUGAGGGGACACCCUAUAAGCCCAACCUUCUCAAAGAGAGUGGAAAACAGAGCACCGAAAAUAAGGGAUAUGAUCAGGCCGAAGUGUACGACGAGUCCACGGAGAGUGGGCACUAA